AUGCUUAGCCGCCUCGUCAGAUCCCAAGCUCGCUCGCCUCUCGUGCGCGCCACCCGUCUCUCAAGCCCCAUGAGCACCGCCGCCCCCACGUUCAAGCUGGCGCUGUGCCAGAUCGCCGUGGGCGAUGACAAGCAGAAGAACAUCGCCACGGCCACGGCCGCCGUGACGGAGGCCGCCAAGAACGCGGCGCAGGUCGUGUCGCUGCCCGAGUGCUGGAACUCGCCGUACGCCACCACGUCCUUCCCGCAGUACGCCGAGGAGAUCCCGGAGAAGAAGGAGCUGCUGAACGAGAAGGACCACCCGUCCACCUACGCGCUGUCGCAGCUGGCUGCCAAGCUCCAGAUCUUCCUGGUGGGCGGCUCCAUCCCCGAGAAGGACGCGGCCGGCAAGGUCUACAACACGAGCGUCAUCUACUCGCCCGAGGGCGAGAUCCUCGGCAAGCACCGCAAGGUGCACCUGUUCGACAUUGACGUGCCCGGCAAGAUCACCUUCAAGGAGUCGGACACGCUGUCCCCGGGCAACAGCUUGACGCUCUUCGACACGCCCUACGGCAAGAUGGGCGUCGGCAUCUGCUACGACAUCCGCUUCCCGGAGCUGUCCAUGCUCAUGAAGAAGCAGGGCGCCAAGGUGCUGCUCUUCCCGGGCGCCUUCAACCUCACCACCGGCCCGGCGCACUGGGAGCUCCUGCAGCGCGCUCGCGCUGUGGACAACCAGCUGUACGUGGCUGCGACGUCUCCUGCGCGUGGCCCGGAGGGCGGCUACCAGGCUUGGGGCCACUCCACCGUGAUCUCUCCCUGGGGCGAGGUUGUGGCCACGUGCGACCACGGCGAGACCAUUGUGUACGCCGACGUGGAGAUCGAGAAGGUCGAGGAGAUGCGCCGCAACAUCCCCACCUCGAACCAGACGCGCACGGACAUCUACGAGCUUGUGCAGAAGUAAAAUGCUGGCAUCGUCGCAAGGCUUCCGCUUCGAUUUAGACUCGUUUCUUCUACGCGAGGCGGGCCAUGUGAUGAACAGCUUCCGACUGUGAGUGCAUGACGUAACUCAGCAUUGUGAGUGGGUAAUACAAUCCCCAACAAAGUGUCUACUAUUGUAGGGCGAAAGAU